AUGUACGCUGGUUUCUACCACCGCCGCCAUGGAAAUCAGCGCCCGAGUGAAAGAGACGAACAUGAGCUCUUGGGCCGAGAGAAUGGAAGCUUCGUUCGUCUUCUUGAUCCGAUCGUGCUCAGUCCUCAAAAAGAGGACUACUUAGGAAUCGAGGGGAUGCAAUUCGCAAUUUUUGUCCACGAUGACGCAUUUAUGCUCAUUACGUUCGGAUUGGCGGUAGCUGCAGCUGCACUCGCCUGCACGGCCAUGAUCCAUCGCAAUUUGCAAGGAAAUUGCAGCUCUGUUGUUAAGCUUUAA